AUGAUGUGGCCUGAAUUCAGCUUGCAAGGCAAUUAUAAAUGGAUUAAUCUUUUACCAACUCUCAUGUCAAAGUACAAUAAUAAAAAGCAUUGUACUACUGGUAUGAAACCCAAAGAUGUUACCGUAGAAGAUACAAGAGAACUGCUGAGACGUAUCCUUAAAUCGACAAAACCAGUUACAUACAAGCUGAAAGAUUAUCAAAAUCAACCCAUCGAAGGUGGUUUCUAUGAAGAAGAAUUACUGAAAGUCCAAUAUCCAGAUGUCUACCUCGUAGAAAAAGUUCUUAAGACUCGUAGUAAUGAUGUAUACGUGAAAUGGCUUGGAUUCGAUAGCUCACACAAUAGUUGGAUAAAAAAAUCUGAUAUGUAA